AUGAGAGCAUCAAGACUUACCCACCACCGUAUGAGGAGAGCGUCAAGACUUACCCACCGCCGUAUGAGAAGAGGGUCAAGACUUACCCACCACUGUAUGAGGAGAGCAUCAAGACUUACCCACCACCGCAUGAGGAGAGGGUCAAGACUUACCCACCACCGUAUGAGAAGAGUGUCAAGACUUAUCCACCGCCGUACGAGGAGAGCGUCAAGACUUACCCACAGCCGUAUGAGAAGAGGGUCAAGACUUACCCACCACUGCAUGAGGAUAGGGUCAAGACUUACCCACCACCGUAUGAGAUGA